AUGGCGAGCGACGCCAGCUCGGCCAACCCGGCCAAGAUUCAAGUCCUCAAAGAUGCUCUCUAUGAAGAAGUCAGGCAACAUGGGUCGCAAACACGUUUGUUUACACAAAAAGACCUCUUGGACCUCGACAUCAUUCCCAACAACAACAUAUCACUUCUCAUCCAAGUCGUCCAGGGGCUAUGUGACGACAAGCUUCUAGUAGCUACAGCAAAUCCUCACACAGGUCUUGCGUGGAGAUGGCGCAGCAGGGAAGAUGCAAGGAAGUACACUUCCUUGCCCGACGACGAGACAGUCAUGGUGUACUCAAUAAUCGACGAGGCUGGCGCUGACGGCAUUUGGAACCGGACGAUUAAGAACAGACUCAAUAUGCACGAGGCAGUCGUCAAAAACUGCAUCAAGUACCUCGAAACCAAGGGCUACAUUGCGAGCAUGAAGAAUGUGGAGCAUCCCAACAAGAAGAUGUACAUCGUUGCCAACCUCAAGCCCUCGGAGCGUGCAACAGGCGGGCCGUGGUUCACAGACGGCGAGCUGGACACGGCCUUUGUCGAGGAGCUGCAGGCCGUUGUGUUCGAGUACAUCAAGACCAACAGCGCCUAUUUGUCAUCGCAGGGACAGCCGGGCGGCAGGACCAGGGCUCCGAAGAAGGGCACGAUCCGGGGCGGCGGCGCCGCAGCACUAGAUGGAAGCGGAUCUGACGCGAGGGGAACCAAGCGCUCAGCUGCCGAUAUUUCCAACGACGACGACGUGGUGGUCACCCCUGCCCCGACGAGCACCACAGGCUCAAAAUCCAAGUCAUCCCACAUGAUCUACCUGCCCAUGCCGCCAGGCUACAAGAAGUAUCCGACAGUACCCGAAAUCGCCAAGUUCAUCCAGCAAUCAGGCAUAACCAAUAACACGACCCUGACCGAGGCAGACAUUCAACAGCUGGUCGACGUGCUCAUGUACGACGGGCUGGUUGAGCCUAUCACGGUAAACAGACGGCGGGGUUACCGGGUGACGCGCGCGAUGAAGCAGGACACGGUGCCGUUCCACCAGCGGCAGAAGGAGCGCGAGACGGGCAUCGGGCUGGACAAGGCCCUCCGGCUGGGCCCAGAACCCCCGAGCAGCGCGCUAACCGAGAUGCCGUGCGGGCGGUGCCCCGUUUUUGAGCUCUGCGGAGAGGGCGGGCCUGUAAGCCCCAAAACCUGCGUCUACAUGUUGGAGUGGCUGGGGUUGGAGGCCCAGGUUAAGGUGGCCGUCCCAGCCGCAAUGGUCUCCUCAUGA